UCUCCGGUCCGCGCCGCUCAGCGCCCGCGUGGUUCUCAUACAAUUCACCCCCAGAGGCUGUGGUCCUCAGCCGCCUUCGGGUUGAGGUUGCGCUGCAGAGAGGAUCAAUCCCCCAAGGUCUGACUGUGACCCGGGCCCAGAAAAGACCAAGGAACGCGCUCUUCGGGCAGACCUGGACGCCACCGGCUUCCAACAACUAGUCCGGGACCGAGAGUCUUGGAGUUUUAAACAAGUGAGCGGCCCCAGGACAGGGCUGGGUGGCCGGCCAUUGGGCUCGCCAUGGCUGCGCACGCCCGCCGUCUGUGCCAUGUCGCUUUCCAUGUGCCUGCCGGGCAGCCGCUAGCGAAGGACCUCCACCGCCUCUUCGGCUUCCAGCCCCUGGCGGUGCGGGAAGCAGGCGGCUGGAGACAGCUGGCCCUGCGCAGCGGAGACGCGGUCUUUCUAGUGAACGAGGGCUCGGGCCCGGGGGAGCCACUGUACGGCCUGGAUCCGCAUCACUCGGUGCCCAGCGCCACGAACCUGUGCUUCGACGUGGAGGAUGUGGGCGGUGCCGCCCGGGCGCUGGCCGCACAGGGCUGCGUCGUGCCGGUACCACCCACCAGCGUGAGGGAUGCACAGGGCACAGCCAUCUACACGGUGGUCAGCUCUCCGGCUGGUAACCUUAGCUUUACGUUGCUGCAGCGUGCUGGCUAUCGCGGAUCCUUCCUGCCCGGAUUCAGACCGCUGCCUUGCACACCUGGCCCUCGCUGGGUCAGCCACGUGGACCACUUGACCUUGGCCUGCACCUCUGGCAGCUCCCCUACACUUAGGCGUUGGUUCCAGGACUGCCUAGGGUUUCGUCACUUGCCGCUGAGCCCAGGUGAGGAUCCGGAGCUGGGCCUCGAGGUGGCUGCAGGGUCUGGGCGAGGGGGACUACGGCUUACUGCCCUGCAGAUCCCACCUGACAGCACCGUCCCCACCCUCGUGCUGGCAGAGUCCCUGCCGGGACCCACCAACAGACAAGACCAGGUAGAGCAAUUUCUAGCCCGGCACCGGGGACCAGGCCUGCAGCACAUAGGACUGUACACACCCAACAUCAUGGAAGCUUCUGAGGGGAUGGCGAAGGCGGGAGGCCGGCUCCUGACCCCUCCUGAAGCUUACUACCAGCAGCCCGGCAAAGAGGAACAAAUCGUAGCUGCAGGGCACAAGCCUAGCCUUCUAGAACGGCAGGGAAUUCUGCUAGAUGGCGACAAAGACACGUUCUUGCUUCAGGUCUUCACCAAGUCCCUCUUCACUGAGGACACCUUCUUUCUGGAGCUGAUUCAGAGACAGGGGGCCACAGGCUUUGGCCAGAACAACAUCCGGGCACUAUGGCAGUCUGUGCAAGAGGAAGCUGCCAGGGCCCAGGGAGCAUAAUCCGGCAGGAUCUGGGAGUCGCCACUAGUCCCAGGUGCCCUGAGGGGUGCAGCACAGGCCUGCUGGAACUGAUACACCUCCACAGGACCACACCCCAUUAGAGGCCGUCCGUUCCGGCCAGGUGGGGGGGUCUUUGUUUCAACCAGUACCUGCCAUUCUAGCGUCUCUUACUGGACUCUAAAGAGAUGGGAUUUAAAAGAACACAUCUAGGUAAUGUAAAGAAUAAAGGACUGAGGGCAUAAGACAGCACUCUGGAGCCUUUGUGUCUUCACUGUAUUUCCUUCCCACCCACCCUAAAGGUCUUGUGAUCAGUGAUUCCGAGGAAGGAAUUUAAUACCAACCCUCGUCUGUGCUGACCUCCCUAGGGAGCAAGGGCUGCAGGUGCAGCUGGACUAGGUCAUGGUUAGCCUAGCCACCUGCUCUAUGAUGGUGCUCCGGCUCCAGUCGGGGCUUACCUGAGACCCAGAAUGGCAGCAUUGCAUGUCAGCCACUGACAGGCGCCCCCGCAGCUGCCCUAACUGCUGGGUAAGAGCACUGGUCGGAAGGCCUGCAGCCUCCAGGCCUGCCUGGGAGCUCAGCCGGGGAAGUCAGAACCAAGCUGACUUUACCGUUUCCUGAGUCUUGCAAAACUAAGUGAAGGGGCUAGAGAAAGUGUGGAAUGUUCUCCAAAAGGACUACAAAAAUAAGCAUUUUAUUAAGACUGGAUUUGGG